GCGUUGUGAAUUUUAGUUUUUUUUACUGCAAGCCACUAGGUUUGAUCACAUGGCCUGAAGCAUUCUGUAGCUGUGUCUGUGCAUGUUCUUCCAAUCACCCUUCUGGCUUCCUGAACUUUGUAAUGUAAACCUCACACUUAUUGGCAGCUUUGCGGGAACUCGAGAGGUUAUUUCUGUGCUACUCGCUGAUUGGUUAGAGAUAUUUUCCAGCCCAGUUUACAUUCUCUUCCUGUCACUGAAUUCAGACUGUACAGGAAAGGAGAAGAUCUUGUUUAGUAAACUGCUUUCUAUAAGGUUUGCACAGAACCCAAGAGUGAAGAGGACUGUAUUGAAAACAUCAAGGAGUUUCUGAAAGCAUGUUCAGCACUUCGGGUAGAGCUAUUUGAUCCAGUUGAUCUCUACACUGGGGAAAACUUCUCUAAAGUCUUGAGCACUCUAUCUGCUGUUAACAGAGCAACUGAAAAUCCAACCUCAGGGAGACCAUGUUCAGGAAGAUUAUCUCAGUCGCAUAGCAUUCCAGCCUGUUCUCAGAUAAAUUCACAAGGAACAUAUUGUUCUACUAGAGUGCUGAAGAGGCAGUCAAAAGCUCUGGACAUGACUGGAAAUGGCAGCUGCCAGUUAGUUGUGAAGGCCAGGUUUAACUUUAAUCAGCAAAAUGAAGAUGAGCUCUCGUUUUGUAAAGGAGACACCAUCUACGUUUCCAGAGUUGAAGACGGGGGUUGGUGGGAAGGCACACUAAAUGGAAAAAGUGGAUGGUUUCCCAGUAAUUAUGUUAAGGAAUUUAAAUCCAACGAUAAACCACUUUCCCCAAAAGCAGUGAAAGCAUGUGAAACGGCACAGCUAACAAAAAAUUAUUAUACUGUGGUACUGCAAAAUAUUCUGGAAACUGAGCGAAGCUAUGCCAAAGAACUCCAGUUACUGCUUUCCACUUACCUCAGGCCACUUCAGUCACAUGAUAAAAUAAGUACUGUGGAUGUCAGCUCAUUGCUUGGAAACUUUGAAGAAAUCUGCACAUUUCAACAAACACUAUGCCAGGCCUUGGAAGAAUGUGCAAAGCUUCCAGAAAAUCAUCAGAAAGUUGGUGGCUGCCUUUUGAAUCUCUUUAAUCAGUUUAUGUCCUUAUACUUAUCCUAUUGCUCCAAUCACCCUAUGGCCGUUCAUGUUCUGACACAGCAAAGUGAUGAACUUGGGACAUUUAUGGAGAAUCAGGGAGCACCAGUACCAGGCAUUCUGAUGCUGACCACAAGCCUUAGCAAACCCUUCAUCAGACUGGAAAAAUAUGUCACCCUCUUACAAGAACUGGAAAGACACAUGGAGGAAGCACACCCAGAUCACAAAGAUAUUCUUAAAGCAACUGCAGCUUUCAAGACUCUUGUGACCCAGUGCCAAGAUUUGCGCAAGAGAAAGCAGCUGGAACUGCAGAUUCUUUCAGAAUCCAUUCAAGGCUGGGAAGGAGAAGAUAUUAAAACGUUGGGUACUGCAGUCUUUAUGUCACAGGUCAUGGUACAAUGUGGAACAAAUGAGGAAAAAGAGGAACGCUAUUUCAUGUUGUUUCCAAAUGCUUUGUUAAUGCUGUCUGCUAGUCCACGGAUGAGUGGAUUCAUUUAUCAGGGGAAAUUACCUUUAACUGGAAUGUCAGUUGUUAAAUUAGAAGAGAAUGACACCACGAAUCAUGGUUUUGAAAUUGCCGGUACAAUGAUAGAGAGGAUUGUUGUCUACUGCAACAAUAGUCACGACUGUCAAGAAUGGCUAGAACAUUUGCACCGUCUCACCAAGGGAACUGGUUCACAUGCCUCACUGUGUAAGACACAAUCUCUGACAAGUACUUCGCUUACAGAGAGAAAACAACUCCCACCAUCUCACUACUCGGUAACUCCCCGAGGACCUUUGGAACCAGCUAAGCUUUAUAAAGCUUGGACACUGAGUUGUCUACGUCCAGCCCCACCUCUUAGACCUUCAUAUGCACUAGGUUACAAAGAGAGGAUGUCUUAUAUCUUUAAGGAUUCCAGCAAAAGCCCAAAAAAUGUGAAGAAGUUUCUUCCAAAACGAAAAACGGAGAGAAAACCUUCAGAUGAAGAUUCUGGUUUCAGGAAAAGCACUGUUGCUUUAGAAGAAGAUGCACAAAUUCUCAAAGUGAUAGAGGCGUAUUGCACUGGUGCAGGAUUCCAGCAAAGCCUUUGUUCUGGUUCACGCAAAGAUUCUGUUGCACAAGUGUUGCUACUUGAGGAAGAAAAUCUUAUAAUUGAUGAGCUGAGAACCAAUGGGCAAACAGUUUCAGAAGAAAAGAGCCUUGUAGAUACAGUUUAUGCAUUACGAGAUGAAGUCAUGGAGCUUAAACAGGAGAACAAAAGAAUGAAACAAUGCUUGGAUGAAGAGCAGAAGUCAAGGAAGGAACUAGAAAAAAUAGUUUGGAAGAUACUGAAACAAGCCAAUGACUCCACACGGGAUGAUCCUUCCCAUUAGAAUUAGCUGUCAGUUUUGGUUUUAUAUGGACUGCAUCCUUAAAUUGUACUCAUUUGAGGAAUGCUUCUGGUCUGUGGGACUCUAUGAAAAGUGUGUUAAAGCAGUUUUAUUUUCCCUAAUAAGAGUUUUACAGACAGAUUUGUGUAUAUACAGAAUGCACACCUAGCAACCAUGAAACGAUCCACCAGUAUUAACUGUGUUUAAUUACCAUUAUGAAUUCUCAGUGGGGCUCUUUUUGUGUGUGCUACUAUUCAUUUCUAAUUGGCACAUCUGUAACAUUAGUUAACAUAGGUACCCCCUGAUAAUUCCCAGGUGCAGUAAACCAUAGCCACCAUUGAGAUGUUUGCUUCUUAAACAGUGAAUUUAACCAGUAAAUGCUGCUUGUUGAUUGGUUACUAUAGGUGAUUCAGUCUGUAGCAAUAUUCGCACCUUAUAUUAUAUAACCCCUAAAUAUGCAAAUACUGACCUGAAUAGGGACAAAGCUAUACCCCCAGAAUGAAUACCUAACCAUUCAUGUAAAGUGACCUAUUAAACAAUCUUGCCAAACUGGAGUAGGU